AUGAAAACGGCGCUAUACGAGUGGUUCGUUAUUUCCAUUUACGUGUUUUAUAAGUUGACAGAACAAACUUUGAAGUUUUCUGAGCACAUUCUCCAUAUAGCUUAUGGAAAUAAACAGAUAGAAGAAAUGGAAUUGGCGAAAAUUGCCAAAAAUCUCGUCAAAUGUGUAACUUCCGGAGAGAGUAUUGCAGUGGAAACCUUUUGGCAGAAGCAGCCAUGUGUGAUAACUUUUCUGAGGCGGUUUGGAUGACCUUUCUGUCGACUGAGUGCUAAGCAGCUCAGUCUCAUCAAACCUCAGCUCGACACACACAAUGUCCGCCUGAUCGGGGUCGGCUUGGAGGAAUUGGGUGUCGAGCAGUUUAUCCAGGGAGGGUUCUUCAAAGGAGAGCUCUACAUUGACACAAAGAAACAAUGUUAUAAAAAGUUAGGAUUUAAAAGGUUGAAUCUACUGAGUGUUUUUCCCUCAAUGCUCACCAAAUCAUCUAGAGAUGCUUUAAGUAAAGCAAAUCAAGAAAAUAUAAGUGGUGAUUUCAGAGGAGAUGGUUUCCAAAAUGGAGGAACCCUUGUGGUAGCUCCUGGAGGAAAAGUUUUAUUGUCCUUCAAACAAGAAAAUCCUAGUGACCAUGUUGAAACCAGUGAGAUACUCCGAGUGCUUGGAAUCAAGAGUCAGAGUCCUAGCUUAUGUUUUCUCCAUUAGUCCAUGACUGACCUAAAAAGGGCAUUAAUUAACUAGAAUUUAAUCAAUUUAUCACUCACGCAUCACUCCAAAAUUUUGUAUGUACAUGCAUGUGUCUGAUUUGGAAAAAUGCAAUAACAAAUGUGAUUUGUGUUGUAUGAUGCUUUUCCUAUAAUUGUAAGCUAAAACCUUCUUUUUUUGAAAUGCUCAAUUCUUUUGAUUAUUUUGAUGUUAAAUAUUAUACAAUAUACAGUGUAGUCACUUCAUUUAUAAUUAACAUACUUUAUUUUUUUAAAAAAAGGAAAACCUCUACUGCUGAUUCAAAACAUAACACAAAUAAUCAUUUCUCAGGUAAUUUUUUUUUUGCUGCAUUUAAUUAACCUUGCGUUAAUCCAUCCAUUUGUAUAAGUUUUUUUUUUAAUUUUAUUUUAUUCUUGCAUUUACAUUGACCUGUUAUUUUUGUAUACGUUUGCUGUCCAAGGGUGAAAUAUUUGCACACUAAUGAUACUGAGCACAGAAAAUAUGAUAAUGUGUUCAGUGGAGAUAAAUGUGUAAUGUUUUGCAUCUUUGUGCCAAAUAGUCAGUGGUAUACAGCUAAUAAAUUGCUCAAGAUCUC